UGCCGGCCCCGCCCCGAGCCUACUCACCAGUUCCGCGCUCUGGUCUCCGCGCGUCGGCGGGUGGCGGAAACCGAGAUGUCGGCUAUCCUGCAGCACAUCGAGCGGCUGUCCAGCAGGGUGGUGCGCGUUCUGGGCUGUAACCCGGGACCCAUGACCCUGCAGGGCACCAACACCUACUUGGUAGGGACCGGCAGCAGGAGAAUCCUCAUUGACACUGGAGAACCAGCAAUUCCAGAAUAUAUCAACUGUUUAAAGCAGGCUCUGACUGAAUUUAAUACAACAAUCCAGGAAAUCGUAGUGACUCACUGGCACCGUGAUCAUACUGGGGGCAUAGGAGAUAUUUGUAAAAGCAUCAGUAAUGACACUGCCUAUUGCAUUAAAAAACUCCCACGGAACCCUCCAAGAGAAGAAAUUAUAGGAGAUGGAAAGCAACAAUAUGUUUAUCUGCAAGAUGGAGACAUGAUUAAAACUGAGGGUGCCACUCUCAGAGUUAUACACACACCUGGCCACACUGAUGAUCAUAUGGCUCUACUUUUAGAAGAGGAAAAUGCUCUCUUUUCUGGAGAUUGCAUCCUAGGAGAAGGAACAACUAUAUUUGAGGACCUUUAUGAUUAUAUGAACUCCCUAAAAGAACUGUUGAAAGUCAAAGCUGAUAUUAUAUAUCCAGGACACGGCCCAGUAAUCCAUAAUGCCGAAGAUAAAAUUCUGGAAUACAUUUCUCACAGAAAUAUGCGAGAACAGCAAAUUCUUGCAUUACUUCAUGAUAAUUUUGAAAAAUCAUUUACAACAAUGGAGCUGGUAAAAAACAUUUACAAGACUGUUCCUGAGCAUUUAUAUAAGAUGGCUGAACAUAAUGUCUUGCUUCAUUUAAUAAAAUUAGAAAAAGAAGGAAAAAUCUUUAGCAACAUGGAUCCUGACAAGAAAUGGAAAGCUAAUCUUUAGUUGCAGAUUAAUGAAAGCUUGUGUUGGUUUGUUUUUAGAGAAUGGUGUGAUUUUCUUAACUAUUAAUUAUUUAUACAAAAGACAGAGCAUAGAACAUUGAAAAUAACCCUAGAUAUACUUUAAAAUAUUGUCAUAUUUUCUUCUAAAAUAAAUAUUACAUUUUACAUGUUACUUAUCUAACCUGAGUCGUAUAACAUUUUAUCAAAAAUUCAGAAUCCAACAAUUUAUCCAUGUUCAACAGAUUCAAUAAAAUGGCUACUUUAAAAAUAA